ACAUCAAUAAUAAUAAAUGUAUAGAAUGUUCAAAAUCAGAAAUAUGUCAAACAAAUGAUAUUGAAAUAAAAUGUAAAUAUGAAGAAUAUUUAGAUAAUAAUAAAUGUAUAAAUAAAACAUGUGAAGAAGAUAUGAUAAAAGAUCAAAAUGGAAAAUGUAAUAAUAAUAAUAAUAUUCAGAAUUGUUUAAAUAAAUCAUAUGUUAAUGGAAAAUGUGUUGAAUGUUUAAAUACAUAUUCACCUAAUUUGAAGGGAGAAUGUAUUAAUACAAAAAUAGAAUAUUGUGAAGAACAAAAUAUAUAUGGAUGUAAAAGAUGUAAAGAAGGAUAUUAUUUAACAAAAGAAAUGAAAUGUUUAAAAUGUGAUGAUAAAUGUGAAACAUGUUAUGGAACAUCUACAUAUUGUAUGAGUUGUUCUAAUGAUAAAUAUUUAAGAAAUGAUAAAACAUGUCAAUCAAAUGAAGAAUUAAAUGGAACAUGUUUACAAAUAUUAGCAGAUGGAAGUGGAUGUGGAAUAUGUAAGAAUGGAUAUUAUAGAAAUGGGAAAGGAUGUUCAAAAUGUGGAAAAGAAUGUUUAACAUGUAAUCAAAAAGAUAAAUGUAUAAUAUGUGGAGAAGGAUAUUUUAUGAGUUCAACAGGAAUAUGUAAAUCAACAACAACAAUUAAAGGAUGUAAAGGAGAAAUAGAUAAAGAAUAUGGAUGUAGAGAAUGUUUAACAGGAUAUUAUUUAAUAAAUAAAGAAUGUUCAAAAUGUGGAAAUAAAUGUAUAACAUGUUUAAAUGAGAAAGAAUGUAAUAAAUGUGAAGAAGAAUAUAUAAUAAUAAAUAAAGAAUGUAUUCAUUAUUCAAAUAUUAAUAAAUGUAAAGAAACAAAAAAUAAUAAAUGUUCAAAAUGUUCAUUUUGGUAUGGAAUCAAUGAAGAAGGAACAAAAUGUAAUAAAGAAAUCGUAUGGUGGAUGAUAAUGAUAAUUAUCAUCAUUAUACUUAUUAUCAUCAUUAUAAUAAUUAUAAUUAUAAUAAUAAUGAUUAAUUACAUUAUAACACGCAAAGAAAAGAAAGAACAAGAGAAAACAACAACAAUAUUUAAAAUUUCACAAUCAAAUAUCAAAUUUAUAUCACUUGGAGAUGGAAUCAUAACAAAUAAAAAAGAAAUAGAAAUCGGAGAAGGAGAAGAAAUGAAGUAA